GGGACUGGGACCCAAAAUCACUCCCAGUCAAACAUGGCAUCUGAAGAGAAGAAUUUACAGGAACAAAGCGAGGAAAAACUCGAAAAAAAGAAGCAUCGCGGAAUACCAGAGGCUCUUUUUCUGGUAAUAUUUUACUACUUAAGCAGUGUAUCCCGAAAUUUUCGAGAGGACGUGAUUGGAGUAUUUUCCCCUCGGGAAAGUUUUUUUUGCAUGAGGUUAACAAGCUUACUGGAAAUGAUUUUCAGUACAAAAAUAACUCUUACCUUAAGUACUAACUAUGAUCUUACUGAGUCCGACGAGCCAUUCAAAUUCGUUUACCCGUCACAUACAGGAAGAUGUUGAUGAAUUCAUGAAAAAGAGCGGACAUGAAACCGCCGAGUCCGUGCUCAAAGAUUUGGAUGAGCAGCAUCAGAAGUAUAAAUUUAUGGAACUGAAUUUGCUGGCAAGAAAGAAAAGGUAAGCCAGUUGCUCGAUCAGUCACUACUCACAAUUAAAAACAACAAUAACGAUUAUUUUUUACCCCUGGCAGUAUCUUUAAGUGUGUGGUCGGGCAAAUAACUGCAACAGAAAUUAAUCGAAAUAUCCAUAACAAGGCUGUGCUCUAAGGAACGUUAAAGGGAGCCCAUUUCUCUGAACCUGUUAAAUAUAGGGUGCCCAGCAUAUGAUUGUGUGAAAGAAGGAAGAUUUUCUAGUCGCCCAAGAGCAAAAGUUAGGCUCCAGGGGCCAAAGGGCUCUGUUUAACCUUUAAAGCCCCAAUGCUGACCAACAUCAAUUUUCUUCUAACGAUAUCCAUACCUUGUCAAGAGAUAAGGUUAUGAGAAUUGAUGAAAUGAUGGCUAAAGAGAAAAUGCUUUGAUCUUUUAUCAAAUUCUCUCAACUACCUCUUUAAGGAAAUGUAUGGAGAUCAGUUUGGAGAAUUACUUUGUGGAUAUUGGGGCUUAAAGGGUUAAUAGAGCACAGCCUUGCAUAACAUUAACAAACUUAUAAAAGAGUUCCAACUGACAGUCCUUGUAAGGUGGCUCACUGUAACAGUUUGUAGCUUUAUAAUAGGUGUAAAAGGAAUUUCCUCUAAGUUUCAUAGCUUUGGUAUACAGCUGCCUCGUACACAGGUGUGUUCUGACUGAUUCAAGAGUGACUGGGAUUUGGGUUCUAUGCUAGGUAUCAUGGGAAAGGCGAAGAGCAAAUUUUUGUUGUUCAUCCUUCCCAGCAUCCUUUGCAUCCAUGCUAAAUGUUCCCAUGGUCCAUUGCAUAAUACUCCUUGAUGGCUCAUGCUGUCACGUUUUCUGUUUUCCACACUUGAGACACCUAGGAACGAGGCAGGGUGUCCUGUCAAACCCCAUUUCUAUGGAUACUGAAGGGGCCAUUGAAAGUGUUCAUAUUAAUGGGGUGUCUGCAUUAAGCAGGUGAUAAGGUAACAGGUUUGAAGUAAUAUGAAUCCCAAGAUCCUCAACUUCAGAUACAGCUUUCAAGUUGUUACCACAUAAAUAAUUGAGGGCUUGAAUUGUCAUUCUUUUUAAAAUUAUGCAUCACUUUGCAUUUAUCAGUGUUAAAUCUCAAUUGCCAAUCAUUGCUCCAAUGUUCCAAACGAGUAAGAUUUUUCUGUAGUUCUUCCACAUCUUCGUUAGUGUCCCUCAGUACCCCAUACACCUUCAUAUCAUCCGCAAAGAGUUUUGUGCAAGAGGUAAUGUUCCUUGAGACAUUGUUAAUAUAAAUGAGAAAUAAAACGGGUCCCAAAACAGUUCCCUGGGUCUGAACACCAGACAAAAUAGAGGCCCAAGAUGAAUAAUGGCCCCGCAAAACAACCAGCUGGUAUUGGUUUGAUUGGGUAUCAAUGAUUGGGCCCCUGAGAGAAACAAUGAUGUCAUCUUAAUUUUUGGGUCUAUGAAAAGCUUUUGAAUUGGUGCCACAUAAACAAUAUUUGAACAAAGGUAAUGAUCAAGACAGGUAAGAUUUCUCUUUCAGGAAGCCAAAUUGCUCUGGAAUAAAGAUCUCAUUAGUUAUCCAAAACUGAACAAAAUGCUGUCUCACAAUCAUUUCACACACUUUGCACACCACCAAUAUUAACGAAACAGGGUGGUAGUUUUGGCGAACGUAUUAGCACCUUUCUUAUGUAAAGGAGUGAUGUCAGCCAAUAACCAGUUGUGUGGUAGCAUGCCUGAUGCAAAAGACCCCUUUGCACUGAGCGGUGGAGCCAAAGUUUGGGUGCAAUUCUUUAAUUACAACAAGAUUUUAUUUUUCUGUAUAUAUUCAAUUUCUUGUAUUUCCCUAGGGUAGGCACCCUGCGGGGGUCUAAGUGUCCCUUUGGUGCCCUUCAUUUUUGGGCUUUAAUUCUUUCAUGUUUGUAUAUUUCAUUCUGUUUUGAUUUUGCCCAAUAAAGCUUGAAAUAAUAAUAAUGAUAAUAAUAAUGAAUACUAUCCGGACCAGGUGAUAUAUGAGGUUUCAACUCACUCAGGAUCUCGUAAACAUCCUUAGGAGAACAGUGCAGAAGACUAAGAUCUGUGUAAUAUAUGUUAUAAAAGGGUCAUGGUAUUAAGGUCAAAAAACACCUUUGUUCGGAACAAAAUUCUAAAGAAAUUAAAAAUGAAUUUAGUAUGGUCAAAUUCUAGACAUCUCUAACCUUCACAAAGCUGUCAUUCGUGGAUGAAAUCCACGGAAACACUCAAACAUCUCUCAUCUAUAGAUCACUUAAUCAAAACUGUACGUUCUCUGCAUUAACUUGUUUGAUGCCAAAAUAGUCUGGAACUGAUGUCUACAAAUCAUUUAUCUUCCAGAUGGUCUUUUAUAGAGCCCACUUCUUUUCGCAAUAUGUUGGUAGCGUUUUAACACAUGGAAUUAACUCGAUUGUACAUUUGCUGUCAACUGAAACCUCAUGGAUACCAGUUUUGUGCAAUAGAAUGAAUAUAUUCCACAUGCAUGCUUAGGGGCGGAUCCAGGAUUUUUUUUAGGAGGGGGUGCACUCGUCUCUUGCUCUACUUCAACACCAAUAAACCACAUAUUUUUUGUUUUUUGCAGAAUACCAGUAGUAGUAGAAAACCACAGGUCAUCUCAAGGGAGGGGUGCAAACAUAAACAAGCCAAGUGACACAAAUGUCUGCAUGGAUGGCAUCAAAACACUACAGGCUGUGUCACAACACAGCAUUUAUCUUCUUUUUUGAAAGGUUUUUAGGUCAUCAUUUACGACCCACAGAUAACCCAUGCUUCUCCUCGUAUAUCUGAAUAAAAAAUCAAAACAAAUCGGCAAAUCACUUUUACCUCUCAAGAUAUUAUUUUUUGUUACUAAUAAAUAUUAAAUUCUACGAGAAACAAUUUUCACUGAUUAACAAACUACAGCCAUUAUCUUACCAAUUCCCAUCCAGUAUACCUCCAUGCCUUCCUUUUUUCGUAUCUCAACCAAAAAAUAUACAACGCUACUGAACUACUCACACAUCCCUAAUACAUAUAUAAAAACUUCACACACACCUAGUACAUCGACGCCCAAAUAUAUGCUCCCAAAGUGUCUUGUUGUCUAGUAGUUGUGUGCUUGCCAGUGUAAUUUUGUAUGCUUGACUUCUUGACUGUAACUUUAUUGGAAAUAUAUAAAAUAUCUUGCAGGUUACAAAUUCAAGUUCCAGAUUUAAAUUCUAGUUUGGAGAUGGUCAAAUUAUUAUCUUCAAAAAAGGUACUGUUAAAGAAACACAUGUAAUGUGGCUGUAAAUGGAAGUGGCCAUGAUGUUCACAGUCAGUUAUCACUUUCUUGACUAAAAUAUUUGGUGUUAUUUUGCUUCCUUUUAUGCAGGGAAGUUCCAAGCCACUACAGAGCAGAUUUUUGUUGUCUGAUCAAGUCUAUUGCACUGCAGAUGUGCCACCCACUGAAAAAGUGAUGCUUUGGCUAGGGGUAAGAAUUUGUCAUAUAUAACUAAAAUGUAAUUUCAGGCUUUAAAGCUGUAGACAUCAAACAGCAGGCCUGAACUUCAAUUUUAUCACUCAAACCAACAGGAAGUGAUGACAAUGAUGAUGACGACAGUAGAGAAAAUGUCCAUGGAUGUAGCUGAGGAAACACUUAGCAGGCUUUUAUACUCAACUGCACUGUCAAAAUUACUCCAUGUCUUGGUUUUCCAGAGCAAUUUGAGCUGGUGUAAGCUCUUUUUCAGCCGUGAAAUUAGCUGGCAGCCGCCUCUAAGCGACGUUCCUGAAUGUCUCGUAAAAUGUGAAUUCAUUGUUUUUCAAAAUUGAUCCCUCUUAUUCCAGGUCAUUAAUUUUUGUCAAAUAUUAGUGAAUGUUUUUUCUGUAGUCGAAUUCUAAAGGACUGUAAGUUUUUAAAACAAAGUUGGUGAUGUCAACAAUCACAUUAGUCUGCUACACAGCCGUUUUUAGUGUCGUCAAAAAACGGCUUGAAAACCGAACUUCAUUGUUUUGUGUUUGUGGUCGAAAAAUUCAUCCCUCUUAUUCCAGGUCAUUAAUUUUUGUCAAAUAUUAAUUUGAAUGUUUUUUUUAAGUGGUCUGUAAGUUCCAAGUGAAAAAAAAAAGUUUGAUAGGCCUAAAAACUUUUACCAGGAUAAAAUGGACUGUUUAAGUUUUUAAAACAAAGUUGGUGAUGUUAACAAGCACAUUUUGCUGAACACCAUUUACUGAUGAAACAUCAAAUAGACUGGGACUCUGUGGCCUGCCUUAUGUAUUCUACAGACUACUAUCAAUGUUGCACUUUAGAAAGCAGGUUUACUAUAACUUAUAACAAACACCACUGAAUCACAGUCACCGAUACAAGCACCACACAAACGACUCAUUGACGGACACAAGCAAAAUGACAGAAUGACUGGAUAACCAACAAUUUCAUGUACAAUAUAAAAUUAUGAUCGACUGUUCAAGUGUGACAAAAGACAGAUUGAAUGCAAAAUUGACAGUUAAAGUCUUCACAGCCAAUAAGAUCAUGGCUUAUCUGAUAAACGACCAAUAACAUUGUGACUUGAUUGACCAAUCAGGUCAUUAACCAGAGUUUAAUACCAUCAUUGACGUGAUAGAACUGAUCAUCAUCAUCAUCAUCAUCAUUUAUUAGCCCCGAUAAUUAUUAAAAUGAAUUUUACAGAAUACAGUAAUGAUUUGUUAGGCAAGGAAACCUCAAGAAACCACCAGGCUAAUAGGAGAGGCCACCUCAGCAUCACAAUUAUGAUAAGAAAUAAGGGCUGCGAAGGAGUGCGGCUAGACUAAUUCAGUAACUGUUUGAAAAAAAGAUAAGAUAAGAAAGCCUUUUGACAGGUUGUUGAAAUGUCAGUCACUUUCAGCAAUAGUCCUAUUCAAGACUAAGCUCACUUGGACGAUCAUGCUCCACCUACUUAAUAUGAAAAGACGCGUGGGUUGAAACCUUUCAUAGUAAACGAUGAAGACAGCAUAGACAACAUAAGUCAGUGCAAUUUGUUUUGGAUAUAUAACCAUACUAUUAUGUUGCCAUUCUUACAGGCAAAUGUGAUGUUAGAAUACAGUAUUGAAGAAGCAGAAGCUUUGUUAUCUAAAAACCUUAAUACUGCGCAGAAAAGCUUAACAGAAAUAGAAGAGGACUUGGGAUUUCUUAGAGAUCAGUAUACAACAACUGAAGUCAGUAUCCUUUGAUAAACAGAACUAUACAUGUGUAAUCAAUUAUGGUGACGAGUCAAAUUAAGGAAUAAUUUCAUGUGCGUUUUGUCCAGGAUUUUGACAAAACACAAGUGAAAUUAUUUCCUAAUUUCACAAGUAUACCAUUUGAUUACCUAUUAAUAUCAUGGGUAAGGAAUUACAUUGGCAAUCAUGGAUUUUUGACAUGUUUGUUCUGGAUCAUAUCAAUCGAGAAUUCCACUCUCUCAAAAGUUUAGAGCUUAAAUUUGGCUUAAGUUCAGAAUUUUUAGAAUUUUUUGAAAGAAUACCUGUUAGAAUUCUCUCUUAAUGUGUUCUUUCGUGUGUGAAGGUUUUCUAAAGCAUUAUUUUAUGCCCUGACAUCUUCAUUCAUAACAUUUUAAAAAUUCUCGCCAUCUUGGCACUGAGAUGUAUGGAAGGUUGCCAUGGCAAUUUAACACUGAAAUUUCACACCAAAUUUAAGAAGUAAUUUGUCACCUAUGAUAUUAUUCUAAUAAUAGCAAUAGCACAUUGAAAAGUAAAAUACAGUGGAACCAGGUUAAUACAGACACUAAAGGGACAUACCAUAGCAGGGGCGGAUCCAGGAUUUCUUUUAGGAGUAAGUAAGUAAGUAAGUUUCUUAAAUCUCCAGCCAGUGGCUCUUCCGAUUUAAUUUACAAUAAUUAGAAAUCGAAUAAAAACUACUUAUAAAAAUUACAAUAAUAUCAUGAUAAAAAAAACUAAUUCAAAUAAAUAAAUUAACCUAUUCUAAAAAUUCUAAUCCUAAAAAUUGCUACGAACUAUUAUAUAUUUCGCGCUUUACUGGGUGCUUGGGGUGCACUCGUCUCUUGCUCCACUUCAACACCAAUAAACCACAUAGUUUUUUUUUUUGCAGAAUACCAGUUGUAUUAGAAAACCACAGGUCAUCUCAGGGGGGGGGGGGUGCGCACCCCCUGCUCCCUCCCCCUAGAUCCGCCUCUGCAUAGUGUUCGUAUCAUCUGGUUGCCCACAUCAAGUGUGGUCUCAGAAAAAAACACCACGGACACAUUUUGUAUCGAUAUAGAGAUAAAAAGGAGCAGUGACAUGAAGCAAAAAGUCAAGGAAAUAAAACUUGUGUAAUAGGAGGCAAAGCACUAUACUAUAGGAGGGUCAAACACAUAACUGAUCAAAAUAAAAAAGAUCAAGCUAUUUGGCUGUUUCUUUGUAAAAAAAAAAUUAUAUUAACCCCAAGAAAUCUGUCAUUAUUUGAACUGCCAAAUUCUCAAAUCAUCCUGAGCAUUUUCUUGGUUGAUUCCCUUGUCUUUUUGUAACCAUGAUAUCUCCUUAACCUUAAUUCAGACAUGGCUAGAGUUUACAACUGGGAAGUCAAGAAAAGACAAGCACAGAAGUCUCGGUCUGAGAAAUAG